ACGUACGUUUCUUCAUUGACACAUCUGCGGCAAGGUGUUAAUGAAAAAAGCAUGGCUAAGGAAUCAUCUAUUGUGCUAAGCUCGACUAUCCUACCUUAAGGCCGGCCUCUUUAUCCUCCAUUAAUUUCUUUUCUCUUUUGAAACAUUCUUCCACCUGCUUGGCUGCUAUAUGUAUCCCAGGUGUUACUAUGGUUCCGAGAGGAGUCACAGACCAUGUUUUAAGUUGGUGGCUUUCAUGAGAGCUGCUUCUCUUCCCAUGGCUCCAGCAAGAAAUUGUAUGAUGUUGUGCAUUUCUGUGAUGUGUUUUUCUAUAACAACAGCUAGGCUCUUCACUCACGAUGAUGCAAGGAGACCAAGGUCACUAUUCAUGUUUGAAGGUCCCAAGCGUCAAAGAAAUACAGUUAUCGAAGCAAUAAAUAAAUUGAAACUGUCAAAACAUUUCGAUUACGUCAAGGAAGAUCCCACCACCACCCAAACCUAUGAUAUAGCUUCACCUUUCAACUUGCCACCGCUUGAUUCUCUGGCCCCAAUUCCCUUGCCUGAAAAUACUCCUCCGUUCUGCGUGUAUCCUCCCUUUACUCCGCAACCACCUACUACAACCAUACCAACACCUACCAUCUACCCACUACCACCUCCACCACCACCAGCUUCUUACAUGACACCAAUUUUUCCAAUUCCAAAUCCACCAGACAUCAUCCCUAGCCCACCCAGUAACUUUCCUAGUCCUCCAGAGUCUGUGCCUAGUCCACCAGAAUCUGGUCUGACCCCACCAAUCUACAUUCCCAGUCCACCUGGAUAUGUGCCAAGGCCGCCCAUUGGCUUUGUUCCUAGUCCUCCAAUUUUUCUACCACCUAUUGUGUUUCCUCCACCUUCUAUGGCACCUCCCCCGUAUACAGCCGCAGUAUCACCACUUUGGUGCAUUGCUAAACCAACGGUCCCUGAACUUAUCAUUCAAGAAGCAAUAGAUUAUGCUUGUGGAUCUGGAGCUGAUUGCGGGUCAAUCCAGCCAAAUGGGCCAUGCUUCCUACCAGACACAUUGUUCGCGCAUGCUUCGUAUGCUUUCAAUAGCUACUGGCAAAGGACCAAAGCCAUCGGAGGCACAUGUGAUUUCGGAGGGACGGCCAUGCUUGUCACAGUGGAUCCAAGUUUUGAUGGAUGUCAUUUCAUCUAUUAUUGAAUAAUGAACAGGACAGGCAGAGCAUCAAGAGAUUAAAAGGGAAUGCCCGGCCAGGAGAUUAUAUAAAUAAGAAUAUCCUGUUUUGUUUAAUUUUCUUCAGUGACCCUAACAAGAAUUUUGCAGGCUGAGACACAAUUAUUUCUUUAGGUGGUUCCCAUGCAGUUUCUGGUCAACAGGGCUUUUUUACCUUCUCUUGCUCUUCCUUUUCUUCUUUGUCUUGUUCUUGGAAGGGAUCCUACCUCUCUUUUGUGAUAUGUAUGAACUGCUUUGCAGUAACUUCUGAAUAUAUACAGCUAAUAUGGAUAUAAC